AGCAGUCACUUUGCCUCCUUUUUCAGAAUCCUUAAAAUGGUCAAAGGUCUUCGAGCUGUGAAGGUCUUCAGGAUCUUGCGGGUUUUGGGUUACUCUAAGGAUGCACAGCGCACAUGGAGAGUACUUCAACGCUCCACGAAAUCAAUCAUGGUGAUCUUGUCUCUAAUGCUAGGCAACUUCUUAAUGUUCUCAGUAAUCUUCCGGGAAACCUUCAGUGAUUCUGACCCACAGAGAUUUGGUUCGCUGGUCAAAACCAUGGCCUCUCUGAUGCAGGUUAUGUCACUGGAUGACUGGCUUAGCGUCUAUUACACCAGUCGAGACAACGGUGCAGGAUAUAUCAUCAUCUUUCUAGUUCUCUUCAUCUUGAUUCAAUGUUACAUCCUUUUGAGUCUGGCCGGAGCUGUGCUGCUGGAUAAUUUUACUCAGGCUGAUAAGGAACCAAGGGCUGAAGAGACCUCAGAGGAUAAGAGCCAAUCAGAAGAACAUACAGAUCAGACCGUGAAUGAUGAUGAGGCCGAUGAAGAGACCUGUAAAGAUGACGCCCUUCCACGAAACAAACACAAUGCACAGAGGAAAGCCCUUAUGGAAAAAUACUGGAGGCUUCGGGAGGCAAUUGCAAAAAAAGAAGAGGAAUUUAAAAAACAGACCCGGGUCCUCAGUAUGUUUACGAAGGUCAUCAUUGAUGACCCUCCUGAACCUUUCGUGGCAAGUGGAGACCUAAGAGGUCUCAAUGAAGCCUAAAUGUGUGUUGUGUUUUUAUUUAUAUUUGUUCAUAGAUUUGUA